UGUUUCCGCGGUUUUUGAUCAGCUUUGUACGAAGACUGAUUUUCGCCAAUCUUUGUCGUGUUACGUGUAUGUGGUGAACGGAGCAUUGCGGAGACUGAGAAUUAUGUGGGCUGUUCGCUGUGUUGUGGCAUUCGGGCAAAGCAAGAUCGCGAUGAGACAUCACUGCAAAAGAUGCCAGAAAAAGUUUACAUCAUUGGACACGUUCUUCAAGCACACAUUAUAUCAUGAAACAUCAUCAAGAGGUGUUCCAUGCAGCGUUGUCGGCUGUGAGGCUGCAUUCAAAAAUUACAACUCAUUGCGAAGCCACAUCACAAGGCUUACAGGUGUCUGUCUGGACGGAACAUUGAGCCUGCCCAAAGAUGUCCUCCUCCUCGUGACAUUCCUAUGUUCAAGCCCCAAAAAUGAUGCUGUGCUCGAGUGGAGCCUCAAAAUCAACAAGGCCGAGGCAGAGUUCAAAGAUCAAAACGCAGCAGCUGUCUGCCUCCUCCCAUUGCUUGCAUCCUACUUUCAAGAAAACCUCGGAGAGCUCUUCCAGUUACAUCAGGUGACAACAGAAAUCACAGAGGAGUUUCGUAACAGUCUGCCUGCUUCUCCUGCAAUUGUUGCACUAGGCCGCUCACUUUUCGAAUGCAGCUGCCAGCUGUUUGUGGACCAUGAGGUGAUGGUGGAAGAUGUGGGCUUUCUGCAAGCUGUGGAGCUCCUUUUCGCACUUUAUUAUUGUUUAAACAUCCAGUAUGCCAAAGGUGCGGGAACCACACUUGAGUUCAUUCAGAGAUACCAGGUUGGUAUCAAACAACAUGAUGGGUCACGACAGGAGGCCGGGAGGUCGAAAGGAGCUCGGGCAAGAGCAAUCAAAGCCGCCACAGAUCUUGCUGCUUUUGAGAAAAAAUGGAACAGUGGGUCGAGGGCAGCAACCUUGAUCUGUCAUGGUGCUGAGUGGCUCAAUGUGGCAAUGCACAGCUCAUCUGAUGAUCGAUCGGAUGCCAUGAAGGUUUCUUUAUAAUUAUGUUCUUUUACGGUUUACAAUAUAGUUCUUCAAUUUCAAAACUGC